AUGAGCCUGCAGUGGACAGUCAUCGCCACCGUCCUCUACGCCGAGGUCUUCCUCGUCCUCCUGCUUUGUGUCCCUUUUGUCUCGGCCACCAGAUGGAAGAAGAUCUUCAAGUUGCACCUGGUGGGCCUGGCCGUGGCCUAUGGCAACACCAUCUUCGUUGUCCUCCUCAUCAUCCUCAUCCUCCUGCUCUUUGUCACCCUCCAGGAGACCCAUAGAUACAACAUACCAGAGUGGGUGGCCCUGCAGAGCAGCCCCGGUACCCUCAAGCACUUCCACAUGAAGCUCUUCUGGGCCCAGUGCAACCUUUACCUGGCCAGCUUUGCCCUGCUGCUCUUCUUCCUCCUGCACUGCCUGGUCACCCUGAUCUUGCAGCAGGCCAUGCUGGGCGCCUCCACUGAGGCCUUCUGGAAACAGGCAGAAGAUGCCAGCCAGGCUGCCUGCCUGGAGGACAUGGAGGACAAUGAAACCCUGCAGAAGGUACUGAGGCCGGUAGGGGUGAGGGAGAAGGGCACCCCACCACCCUCCCAUGACAAGAAUGAGACCUUCAAGGCCAAGGUGGAGAAGCUGAAGGAGGAGCUGGUGGUCAGCAAGCCCAGUAUGGGGGGAAACUGGGGGAAGUAG